GGAGGGGAGGGGCGAUCUCGCCGGCGUUAGUGGGGGAGCGGGUCGGGGGGGUGGCCGAUCUCGACGCCGACUCACUCCGGCUGCGGGUCUCCGGUGGGGCGUGAUGGAGACGGCGCACGAGGUGGCCAUCUACAUCGACCGCUUCCACAACCUCGACCUGUUCCAACAAGGAUGGUACCGGUUGAAGAUUAGUGCAGCGUGGGAGGAGGAUGAGUGCAGGGCGCCCGUGUCUCCUGCCAGGGUCGUGCAGUAUGAAGUUCCUGAUAUUGGUUCGAAGGGUGCAUUUGGCCUUUGGAAAAUAGAUGAUGUUGACAAUAGCUUCUAUACACAACCAUUUCAGAUUAAAUUUUCUAGACAGGAUAUUUUCCUAUCAGUUAUGGUGUCUUUCUACAUACCCAACACCGAAGAUGAGGGUCCAGCAACCUCGUCUGUAAUAUUAAAAUUUGAGCUCAUCUAUGUUCCAACAAUUGAAAACAGGACUGAAAUUGACGAUCCAGAUGACAUAUAUUUUGUCCCUGUGCACGAAUUCAGGAUCCCAUACACAGCACUCCUGGGGUUACACACAUAUUUUCCUGUCCACUUUGAUGCUUUCCACCCUGUGCUUGUUGAUCUAACAAUGCAUAUCGUGUACCUAAAAGCUGGUGUGACCAAAUCACCACAGAAGGCACCUGAGCAAGGCUUAUGCUCAAAAGCAUGUUAUAUUAUAAAGGCAUUAUUAACUUCUAGAGAAAUUUUGCUUGAGGAAGUGAUGAAGAUGAGUGCUGGUAUUGGUAAAACUCUUGAAGAUUUAGAUGAUGCUGAUUUAACGCUAGUUAAACAUGAUUCAAACGAUUCAUCAAAGGCAGGCUUGCCUAAAUAUAGCAAAGGGUUCUCUGCACCCACGAAGUGCAUUGGCCACCUUACUGGCGUUUUACAUAAUCUAAUAGAGAGAUCUGAUAAUGUGGUUCGGAGCACUAAUGACAUUCUGCUGUACACCCUUUCCAAGGAAGAUUUGUUGGAAUUAUUUCAAACUGUGAGCAGCCAAGUUUCAUUUUUAUGGAAUGCGUUCUUGAAAUUUCAUAGGGAAAAUAAAAUCAAGAUAAUGAAUCAUUUGCACAGUAUUUGGGAUGCUGACCGGAAAUCGGAAUGGUCGAUAUGGAUUGUUCAUUCAAAAGUUGACAUUCCACAUCGUUACUUGCGCAGUUUGAGUGGCAAGUCGUCUCCUCGCCAUUCACUUCUAAGGAGCCCUAGUUCAAGAAAAUCACAUCCUGAUCCUGUACAGAGUUCUUCUUCACGGGCAGAACUCCACAGAAGAAGUAUAUCACAGAUGAAGAUUAAUGGACGGUCCAUUCAAGAUUUGCAAAUUUAUGCUAAUCCUUCAGAAAUUCCUGUUGUUCACAUAGAACAGCAUGUCAUGGUUGUUCCACAACAUGGUUCUAGCAAGCUUUUGGUAAGAAGUGCUUCAGAGGCAAGCAAUACUACUGUACAGCACAAGAUACAUGGAAAACAUGUGGGAAGAAUGCCUAGCUAUGGUGGAAAUAUUGGGCAUACAUUACGAGCUGUUGUUUUUGUGCAUGGAUUUCAGGGGCAUCAUCUGGAUUUACGUCUUAUUAGAAACCAAUGGCUACUACGUGAUCCUGGAGCUGAAUGCCUACUGUCUCAGACAAAUGAAGACAGAACAUCUGGAGAUUUAAAGGAAAUGGGUAGGAGGCUAUCAAACGAGGUAGUUGCAUUCCUCAAAAGGAAAAUUGAUAGGUAUUCAAGAAAUGGAGGCUUCAGAGAGUUAAAGCUUAGUUUUGUUGGUCAUUCCAUUGGAAACAUUAUCAUCAGAAGUGCCCUAGCAGAGCCCAAGAUGCAACCAUUUUUGAAGAACCUAUACACAUAUAUGUCGAUAUCUGGGCCUCACUUAGGUUACUGGUACAGCUCAAAUUCUCUGUUCAACUCUGGCCUGUGGCUUAUGAAAAGGCUCAAGGGAGUUCAAUGCAUGCAUCAGCUCACUUUCAGCGAUGAACAAGACCCCCAGAAUACAUUUUUCUACAGGCUGUGCAAGCUGAAGACACUAGAUAGCUUCAAAAACAUCAUCUUGGUAUCAUCACCACAGGAUGGGUAUGUUCCAUAUCAUUCAGCAAGAAUCGACAUCUGCCCUGCCUCUUCUUCAGAUAGCUCGACGAGAGGGCAGGUGUUCACCGAGAUGCUGAACAACUGCCUGGACCAGAUCCGCGCGCCGUCGUCCGAGAUGCGGGUGUUCAUGCGCUGCGAUGUGAGCUUCGACCAGUCCUCCCAUGGCCGUCGCCGGAGCCUCAACACCAUGAUCGGCAGAGCUGCUCACAUCGAGUUCCUGGAGAAUGAUCUGUAUGCCAGGUUCAUCAUGUGGUCCUUCCCUGACUUCUUCCGAUGAUGGAGCACAUAUUUUACUCCUCGCAUCCCGGAAUUCACUGGACCAGCUAAAUAUAAGAGGUUUUUACCGUCCUUGAAAAGAUAACUUAAGCUACCACAUUUUUUAAUGUAAAAAAUAUGGUAUCUUAAGAUACCACUAAAAAAUAUGAUAUCUUAAGAUUCCAAAAAUUUAUACUAAAAUUUUUGGUACCUUAAGUUACUUUUAGGGAUGGCAAAAAAGCCCUAAAUAUAAGCCUGAAGCCUGGCCACCAUUUCAGACUGCUGCAGAUGUGGUCUGCAAAAUUAAUUCUUUGUUGUAUUAUUACGUGUAUGUAGUGCAAACCAUAUAUCAAAUCAAUUAAGGAAGAGUGGUUUUAUGUACUUGAGAAUAUACUCCCUCAAGUCAUGAAUAUUUGACAUUCUGGGACAAGAUUUUGUUAUAUUUUUUAAAUGU